AUUCGCCGAAGGUUGUUUGCUGUCUCUCCUCCAUCAUCAUCCCCACAAAAUACACAAAAUGUCUACUCGUUUAGUGGUGGUACACGAUGUCUUAGGAACAUGUUUCGAUUUAACAAAACCUAUCGAAGCAUUAAAAUCAAUCUUUGGCGAUCAAGUAAAAGAUGAUCGAUUGGCCGAAUUAAUCAUUAUGGAUUGGUAUCAUGCCGGACAAAGAGAUUUUACUACUUUGAGCAUAAAUGGAGAUUAUAAACCAAUAUCUGCUUGUUUCAAAGCUGGCUUGCCAAGGGUAUUACUUCAAGCCGGAUUGAUAAAGAGAGAUGCGGAUGGUGCUGCGCAAACACAAACGGACAGGGGUGGGGGAUCAGGCUUACCUGCCGAUCAACACUUUUCACAAACGACAGGUGAUGGAAAAGGAAGUCCAUUUGGUGAAGAAGUAACGCAAAAGAUCAUGUCCACCCUCUCAACCCUUAGACCAAGACCUGGAAUGGUAAACGCAUUUACAAAAACGUAUCGUGAUCAAACAAAAGUUGCAAAACAUAUUGACAGAGUGGAUUUGUGGGGUGCAACGAAUGGUGGUUUACCGUUAGCACAAAAGUUGUUUGUUGGAGCUUUAGGCGAACAGACACCUUUGUAUACAGGCACACAAGCUGUAAAUGAGCAAGAGAAAUCUGUCUCGGGCACAGAGCAUAAGCUGGGAAAUGGAGUGGGCGUUUUCAGUUGUGAUGAAAACAAAAUUGCCAAACCAGAUCCUCGAGUAUAUGAAGAAAUCAUAAAACGCAUUCAAAUUAAGCCUAAUGAAGAUGUUCGAAUGUGGUUCGUGGCAAGUCAUACGUGGGAUUUGUUCGCUGCAAAAAAAGCAGGUUUCAAAACUGCUUGGGUUACCUAUGAAGAAUUCGAAAUGUGUUCAGAUAUUUAUGGAACCCCAGAUAUUGUCGCUAAAGACUUGGACGAUAUUGCAAAGAAGAUUGUUGAAUAUGAGUCAAAGUAGAAGAUGUAUCAUUCCGCAGUCAAUAGUUCAAAAAUGGUCCA